CUGAUUGAUUCAUUAUUACGUAUAUCAGUUAGUUCACUGGCUAACUAAGGGCUCUGCUCUAACACCAUCGGCCAAUCGGUGGGUGAAACCGUCUGGACAGCCACACACAUCCGGCCAUCCAUCCGUCCGUCCAGCCUCACUCACAGCACACCACGACACGACACGACCCCCACAUGCAUUGCAAUGCAUUCGUUCGCACACGUGUGCACGUCAGUCACAAUCAAUGGAUGUGCGGGCGGGCGGGACGGCGGGCGGCAGUAUGUAUCUUCUCACUCACUUACAGGCUGACUGACUGACUGACUUUGUCUCUUGUCUGGUCUCUGUCUGGCGAAAUAUAUAUGUCUGUAUGGUGUCUGUAUGGUAGGCAGAUGGUAGAUGUGUUUGUGUGUGUGUGUUUCCUCUCUCUCCUUGAUUAUUCGUAUCUGGCAGUGUUUCUCUUGAGGAUGUCUUCGAGGUUGCCCAGCAGGCGCUUAAACGAACGCCUGUCCAACGCUGCCACCUGUGCACACACCAAAGGCAGCAAACAAAGGGCAUACACACAGACGCACUCACUCUUCGUCUCCCCCCGUCCCCCCUCCCCCUCCUCCCUCCCCUGUCUGUCUGCCUGCCUUCCUACCCGCAGGUCUGAUUUGGCGAUGACGUUGGCGGCUCGCGGCUCGUUCUUGAGCAGCGCCAACUCGCCGAAAUAGUCCCCCGAACCAAACUGCAUCACCUGCACAGCACAGCAAGGCACAAAGACAGAGGCAGCAGACGGUGGUCCGCAUGCAGUGAGUGAAAAUGGAGUGCGUGGCUGGUAUCGGUAUGUAUGGGGCCCCUCUUGUGUUGGACUGUGUCAUUCAUGUGACUGACCUCCUGCGGGCUUUGGCCCUGCACAAACGACUUGGUGGCCACGGCCUUGCCCUCCUCUACACCCACACACACACAGAAUACAUACAAACAUACGCACAACACAACCCAUCUCUAUCCAUAUGAUAUCAAUACGUAUCGUAUCCCCCCAGCGUCGACGUCAUGUGGAAUCAAUCAGCGAGGGGGGUAUGUUAUGUAUGUGAGAUGGUAUGUAUGUGGCCACCUUACUUACCGACGAUGUAGAAUUUGUCCCCGGGCUCGCCCUGGGACACUAUCACGUCACCGUCCUGACCACACACACACCACAUAUUGUCCAUCCUUCCCAUGUCUCUGUGUCGUCCAUGAAGGUCAUGGCGGUAGGCCUGCACUAGCACCCCUUUCUGCGUACGUACUUUGUAAGUUUCGGUUUUGAGUGCGUCUGCGAUUUUGGAUCGUUCGUAUGCGUCCAUGGACUCGAGGAGGGGGACCUUCUUAAGGAAGCCCUCAUACAGCUCGCGCUUCUUGCUCGCAGCCUCCUUGACGAUGUGGUUGAAACUCUCACGGUCCAGCUGCCACAACACACAGCUGGGGACCGACCAUCAUACACGUGAACGCCACACACAUACACGUGAGACAUGUGUGUGUAUGUGUGUGUCUGUCUGUCUCCCUCCCUCCCUCCCUCCCUCCCUGGUUCCUCCCUUCCUGUUUUGUGUGUGUGUAUGUGACAUACUUGUCUCUGGCGUUGACCGAGGCAGCGCGUGGGCAGUUGUAGAGGAGUGCGAGUUCGCCAAACGCAUCGCCCGACUGGCAGACCUUGACCAGCUUCUCGUCGUCCUCGCCGGGGAACUUCUUGUAGCAGUCGAUGGUGCCGCUCUCAACCACAAACAAACAGUCGCCGUCGUCUCCCUGCUGGAUGAUACGCGUACCUGCUGACACCACCUAAACACACAUCCACACACACAGACACACAGACAGACAGACGGACAGGCAGGUGCAUGUCUCGCUUGGCAUCUGGCCGGCUGGCUGGUGUAUGUGUGUGUGUGCGAUGCAAAACAGCCGACUGACCUUUUCCUGCAUGGCAUCGAUGACGGUUUUCAUGUCUUUUUCCUCUAGGUUUCUGAAGAGGAAUGACUGCUCGAGUACAGCCUGGAUGCGGGCCUUCUGGUCGUCGCCCUUCUGGUAGACGGGCGCCACGAAUGCCUUCUUCUGGUUCCACUUGCCGUAGGCCUCGGCGCUGACCGACUGGCGGGGCCCGCGAGACGCGUACGCCUUCGGGGGCAUCGCGGGCAUCUCCUCAACCGUGUCCUCAUCCUCCUCGUCCUACAGAGACAGACAGACAUACGCCAAGAAUCAAUGAGUGACAUGACAACCGCACACAGACAGACAGAAAAACAACAACACAGCGAUAAAUGGAGCUCUGGAUGGUUGCUCGCUCAUUCGGUGUGUCAAGUGGGUGAGUGCCACCUGACCUCAUCGUCCUCAUCGUCUUCCUCGUGGUGUUCGUCCUCCUCGGGCGGCGCCUUGAUGCCGCACUUGGCCUCCAAGUCGCGGAUGUACUCCUUGAGUCGGCCUAUCUCCUCCUGCAGGACUCCCUCAUUGACAGAGCUACGGUGCUGGGGUGGGCCCAUGGUGGCCCCAGCCAUACCCCCAGGGGCUGGCAACUUGGCCUCCUUGCACAGCCACGACACCAUGUACGGCGCGGGGUCAUCCGGCUUGUCCAGCAACAGCUGGGUCACCAACGCCUCCAGCAACGGGUUGAUUUUGCUCUGGAUGUAGUCCUGGUGCUCUGCCGCACUCAUCCUGACUCACCAAAGGCGGAGAUUCCGGUCACCAGACGCCCACCCUGCUGCCGCCGGUUUUUCGCUG